AUGCCUCGAGCUCGCAGCGUCGACCGCAACGAUACAAGCAAAGUAUCACACAAGUCACAUGGCCAUAGUAGCCAUCACCAUGCGCGACCUUCCCGCUCCCCACACGAGGACAAUCAUCAACACAGGCACAAGAGACGGCGCACGCGCUCGCCAGCAGCAAAGCCUGUAGUGCUGCCAUAUAAAGCCAAGCAGCUUUCAAGGCGCCAGUUUGAGGAAUACAAACCGCUCUUCCAGUCCUAUCUGGACAUACAAAAGCAUAUACAACUCGAUGACUUGGAUGAACGUGAGGUCAAGGGCCGAUGGAAGAGCUUCACGAGUCGAUGGAAUCGUGGAGAACUCGCACGUAGCUGGUACGACCCAUCCAUGCUCCAGACGGCCCAAGAAACCGUACAAUCAUUCCGCCCACCCUCACCUCACGCAGCGACCAAACGCGCAUCGCCAAAAUAUGAGCCACAACAAGACAGCCAUGAAAGCAGCGAGGACGAUGACUUUGGGCCCGCACCACCUACCGACUUGGCAAGACAUGCAGGCCAUGGCCCCACCAUACCCAGACUCGACGACCUGACCUACCGCAACGAGAUGCGCAAGGAAGACCGCUCCCGCGACCGCGCAGCACACAACGACGAUCUCCGUCACGAGCGCAAGACGGAGCGCAAAGCGCAAAAGGACCGUCUGGAAGAACUGGCUCCGCGUGCAGACCCGGGGUCGCGCGAACGCCAAUUGGAGAAGAAGCGCGAGACGACGAGCACAUUGCAAUCAUUUCGCGACGCCAAGGAGAGCGGAGACGUCGAGGUCGCAGAGUCGGAGCUCAUGGGUGACGACGACGUGAGGAGAUUGCGAGGGCGAGGGAGGCGGAGAGGAACGAGGCGCUUGCUGCGCGGAGGGAGAAGGAGCACUGCCAAGGUAUAG